AUGAUUGAAGAAGUCCUAUAUGAUCUCUCCCCCUCAAGGGCAGCCUUAUGGCUGGGCCUGGGUCUCUUCGUUCUCUUCUGGAUAUUGAAACUCCGGAAUGCCCGUCAGAUCCACCUCUUGGGAGGAAAAUCCCCAGAGAUUCCGACCUAUCUUCCUGUUGCCGCCGAUUUCAUCUAUGGCUCUACAAAAGCAGCUAAACACCACCAGGACCUAGAGUUCUGGAAAGAGAGCAUGGUUCGCGCUCAGAAAUCAAAUAAGCUGCCUUUCGUCCCUUUUACGGCUGAGAUCAAUCAAUUGAUUUCAAAUCGACUCCUCUUCACUAUUGAUCCGGAAAAUAUCAAGGCCAUCUUGACCGGUCAAUUCAACGACUUUGGCAAGGGAGAGCCCUUCCAUCGGGAAUGGCGAGAGUUUCUAGGCGAUAGUAUCUUUGCUACCGAUGGAGAGCUGUGGUCUUCAUCUCGACAUCUGAUUAGACCCAUGUUCAAUCGGGAUCGUAUUGUCGACACGCAGAUCUUCGAGACGCAUGUGCAGAAACUCAUUCACCUCUUUGGUGGCAGUGGAAAUGCAGAUGGAAGUAAAAUAGUUGAUAUUGGUGGUCUCUAUUUCCGUUUCACUCUGGAUGCCUCCACGGAUUAUCUUCUCGGUCAGGGAACGGAUAGUCUAGAGAAUCCCGAGACCCGAUUUGCCGAAGCUUUCCGCUAUGUGCAAUCACGGCAGGCCAUUUAUUUCAGAAUGGGACCACUCAGCCCACUCCUAUCUCGGAAGAAGUUCCGUGAAGAACUACAAGUCAUGGAAGAUUUCCUCCAACCCUAUAUUCGCACUGUCCUCUCACUCAGUAAUGAAGAACUAGAGAAGAAUCUCUCUAAACGGGAAACGUUCCUCGACGCUCUAGCAAGAUUCACUCGCGACCCUCGUGUCCUCCGCGACCAACUCGUCGCUGUUCUCCUUGCAGGCCGAGACACCACCGCGGGUACACUAUCCUUCUGCACAUUCGAACUAUCUCGCCAUCCAGAAGUCGUCGCCAAGCUCCGCCAGGAAAUUGCUGAACGCGUCGGUGUCGGUGCAGACGCCAAGAUUCCGACAUACACCGACUUGAAAGAGAUGAAAUAUCUGAACGCAGUCAUCAACGAGACUCUCCGCUUCUACCCCGUUGUCCCUUUCAAUGUCCGCUACAGUCUCAAGGAUACAACGCUACCUCACGGCGGCGGUCCCGACGGCGGCUCCCCCAUUGGUAUUCGCGCAGAUACGCGCGUCGUCUAUUCUACACUCCUAAUGCAACGCGAAGAAGCAUUCUACGACCACAGUAAAGCCGAUAAAUACUACGACCCAAACCAAUGGAUCCCCGAACGAUGGACUUCCGGCUGGCAACCAAAACCCUGGCAAUUCAUCCCUUUCAACGGUGGUCCGCGUAUCUGUAUCGGUCAGCAAUUUGCAAUGUUGGAAAUGUUGUAUACGAUCACACGUAUCUUGCAGGUUUAUGGGAAGAUUGUUGCUGUGCCUGUGUCGGGCCAUGAUAAGGUUGAAGAUCCCCUGUUGCAAUUUGAGGUUACUUUGUCGCCUGGCUCGGAGAUGAAUUGUGUCUUUUUGAGGGAAGGGGAAGGUCAGUAUUGA